GGUCUACCGAAAUCGGAAGUGGAGGCCCAUUUCCAGCGACGAGAUCAUCCCGGGGGAUAUCGUCUCCAUUGGCCGAUCUCCUCACGAAAACCUCGUGCCGUGUGAUGUGCUGCUCCUACGCGGGAGGUGCAUUGUGGACGAAGCGAUGCUGACCGGAGAGUCUGUGCCGCAGAUGAAGGAGCCUGUGGAGGACCUCAGCCCAGAGCACGUUUUGGACAUGCAGACGGAUGCCCGGCUGCACAUCAUAUUUGGUGGAACGAAGGUGGUGCAGCACAUCCCACCCCAGAAAGCCAGCACGGGACUGAAACCUGUUGACAACGGAUGCGUGGCGUACGCUCUGAGGACCGGCUUCAACACGUCUCAGGGGAAGUUGCUACGUACAAUCCUCUUCGGGGUGAAGAGAGUGACAGCCAAUAAUUUAGAGACCUUCAUUUUCAUCCUCUUCCUGCUGGUCUUCGCCGUCGCUGCCGCGUCGUACGUCUGGAUCGAAGGCACCAAGGAUCCCAGCAGGAAUCGCUACAAGCUCUUCCUCGAGUGCACGUUGAUACUGACGUCCGUUGUUCCACCUGAGCUUCCCAUCGAGCUCUCCCUGGCCGUCAACACCUCCCUCAUCGCUUUGGCCAAACUCUAUGUGUACUGCACAGAGCCCUUCCGCAUCCCCUUUGCGGGCAAAGUGGAGGUUUGCUGCUUUGACAAAACCGGCACGUUGACCAGCGACCACCUGGUGGUGAGAGGAGUGGCCGGGCUCAGGGAUGGGAAGGAAGUGAUGCCCGUCUCUGACAUCCCUAUAGAAACCCACCGAGCCAUCGCUACGUGCCACUCGCUCGUGCAGUUGGAUGAUGGGACGUUGGUGGGGGAUCCGUUGGAGAAGGCGAUGCUGACGGCGGUGGACUGGACCCUGACCAAAGAUGAGAAAGUUUUCUCCAGAAGUAUUAAAACUCAGGGACUGAAAAUUCACCAGCGCUUUCAUUUUGCCAGUGCCCUGAAAAGAAUGUCUGUCUUGGCGUCGUACGAGAAGAUCGGCGCCGCUGAUCUCUGUUACAUUGCAGCUGUGAAAGGGGCCCCGGAGACGCUGCACAAAAUGUUAUCUCAGUGCCCAAGCAAUUACCACGCUGUGCACACUGAAAUCUCACACGAGGGGGCACGAGUGCUGGCCCUGGGCUACAAGGAACUGGGGCACCUCACUCACCAGCAGGUGCGAGAGAUGAAGCGUGAAGCUCUGGAGUGUGACCUUCGCUUUGCUGGCUUCAUUGUGGUUUCCUGCCCUCUCAAAACGGACUCCAGAUCCGUCAUCAGGGAGAUCCAGAACGCGUCGCACCACGUAGUGAUGAUAACAGGAGACAACCCUCUGACCGCCUGCCACGUGGCCAGGGAGCUGCACUUCCUCCAGAGGGAACACACACUCAUUCUGCAGCCUCCUGCCAGCAAAGAUUCCACCUGGCAGUGGCAGUCCAUCGACGGUGCCAUCGUGUUCCCCAUUUUGCCCACCUCCCUGCGGGAGCUGACGCAGCGCUACGACCUCUGCGUGACAGGGGAAGGUCUCUCUCACCUGCAGGCUCUGAACAGACAGCAGCUGCUGCGGCUCAUCCCGCACGUCCAAGUGUUUGCCAGAGUGGUGCCGAAGCAGAAGGAGUUUGUGAUCACUACUUUGAAGAGCCUGGGCUACGUCACGCUGAUGUGUGGGGAUGGGACCAACGACGUCGGAGCUCUGAAACACGCAGAUGUGGGAGUGGCUCUGCUGGCCAACGCUCCUGAGAGACUGCCUGAGAGGAAGAAGAGGCCUCGGGAUGGUCCCAGUGAGUCCAGGCCCGCUGCAGCACCGCUGGGGAGCGGGACGGUGAAGCCCACGUCGCGUGGUGCCAAGCACAGAGUCAUGUCCCAGCGAGAGGAGCAGCUGGCCGUGCAGAGGGAGCGGAUCAGUCAGGUGCUGAAGGAUUUGGAGGAGGACCGCGUGCCGGUGGUGAAGCUGGGUGAUGCCAGCAUCGCGGCCCCCUUCACCUCCAAGCUCUCCUCCAUCCAGUGCAUCUGCCACGUGAUCAAGCAAGGUCGCUGCACGCUCGUGACGACGCUCCAGAUGUUCAAGAUCCUCGCCCUGAACGCCCUGAUCCUGGCCUACAGCCAGAGCGUCCUCUACUUGGAAGGGGUGAAGUUCAGUGACUUCCAGGCCACCCUGCAGGGGCUGCUGCUGGCUGGCUGCUUCCUUUUCAUCUCCAGGUCAAAGCCUUUGAAGACUCUGUCCAAGGAGCGCCCGCUGCCGAACAUCUUCAAUCUCUACACGGUGCUGACGGUGCUGCUGCAGUUCCUGGUGCAUUUCCUCAGCCUCGUUUACCUGUACCGCGGUGCCCAGGUGCGCAGUGGUUCCAAACGGGAAGAGUUUGUGGAUCUGUACAAGGAGUUUGAGCCCAGCCUGGUGAACAGCACCGUGUACAUCAUGUCCAUGGCGAUGCAGAUGGCCACGUUUGCUAUCAACUACAAGGGUCAUCCCUUCAUGGAGAGCCUGCAGGAGAACAAACCGCUGCUGUGGAGCAUCAUCCUCUCAGGGUUGGCCAUCGUGGGGCUGCUCACGGGUUCGUCGCCUGAAUUCAACGAACAGUUUGGGCUGGUGGAAAUCCCUACUGAGUUCAAGAUCAUUAUCACGGAGGUGCUGCUGGCCGACUUCUUCCUUGCUUUGUUGGCGGACCGCAUCCUUCAGUUCCUACUGGGGAGAGCAAAACUCAAAGUGCCUUCGUGAACACAGCGCCAGGGCCCUGCUGGGGGGCACCCCAAAAAUCAUCCCUAUGAUUUGAGAGCAGCUCUUGAGCUCCGGGGAGAGUUUCCUCCCAUCUCACGUGGAAAUCACCUCUGUGAAAUGACUUUUUGGUGUUCCCAGGACGCAGCGCCCGGUGGGAGUUUUGUACUGCCCCGCUCCAGGAGACGUUUACAGAAUUUGGUAACUAAAAAGUCAAGCCUGAAGUAUUUUGAAA